AUGGGCCAAGGAAAUAAGACUACAAUGAUGGAUCUAGAAACCCAAACUGUUGUGGGGAAAAACAACACUACAAUACAUCUGAUCUCUGUUCCUCCCUUAGCAACGAAUCUGAAAGAAAACAGGGACCCUAAUGCUACUUCGACUACCUCUGUUAGGCAGCACUACAGGAGGAAGCAAACUAAGCAUUCUCCCGCAAAGGAUCCCAAUAGAGGCAUCAGCCUCAGAGUUGCUAAGAAACCUGUCCAUGUGGCUAUCAAUAAGAGGGAGCUUGCCAAUAAACUGAAGGAAGCAGCUUUUCCGGUGACUAUCAGCGCAAUCGAAGAUUUCAUCGCACAAUCGCAGCAAAAGCAAAGUGAUUUCGCGCCGGCCAAGGAAGGAAAAACGGGCGAUGUCGAUAUGGUGGAAAGUCUGGGAGAUACUCUCACAAAUACCGUGUCGGCGAACAGGGAGUCUAGCAGUGACCCAACUGCUAAUACUUGA